UUAUCUACACUUCAACCAUUUAUUAUUGAACACGAUAGAAGUUCUCGAGUCGACGCGUCAUCUGUGUGUCAAAUUGAAUAUUGGCUCAAUGAUAUUUGACACAGCAUCAGGGAGCCACACGGUAAGCAUAUUAUUAAUUGUCAUCCCGGUAGUAGUGGCACAACUCUCGGCAGCCAGGAGGGAGCUGACCUGUAACUGAAGCCCCAUAUGAAAGCAAAGUCACUUAGCUCUAAGGCUAAUGAAAGGGCAAUUAAUUAGAGCCUUUGUUUGCUAAAAGCGUGUCAUUUACCAAAUUUAAAGGCAUACCCACAUGGCCACAUAACAAUCACAUGCUCGGCGUCCCCCUUUUUGUGCCCAUCGACCUAUAUAAAUGUCCUUGGUUGAUGCUCAUUGCUCACCAAAUAUAGUCUCUCAAGAACUCAAAAAGCAAUGGCUGCUCUGCCUUGUUCAAAAACCAGGCCCUUUCGAUCAAUCAGUUUGCCUGUCAGAUCACAUCCGACAACUCAGAGAGUUGAAAAGGUGCUCAAUAAGCUCAACGCAUUGGAGAUAUCAAUUGCGCCAACAGCGGAGACAAUCUGUAACAGUUUGCUCGGGUUGGAGGAGUUACAGAAGUGUAUGGAUGAUCUUCUUAACUCGACUCAAACUCUUCAGAUACUCUCCCAUCACCAACAUGCGAAAUGGUUUGAGGAGUUACUCGAAAAAUCGGUUAAGAUUCUUGAUGUGUGUGGCACUUCUAGGGAAUUUGUCUCUCAGUAUAAGGAAAAUGUAAGAGCUCUUGAAUCCUCACUCAGAAGAAGAAAAGGAGAUUCAAAUGCAGAUGCUGAAAUUGCUAGAUUCACAACUUUCAGCAAGAAAAUGAAGAAGGAUGCCAAAAGAUUAGUCUUGUCCUUGAAGCAAGUGGAUGGUGAGACUCCUGCCACAGCAUUCCUGGAAGCAGAUCAGGAGACAAUAGCUGUGAUUAGAGCACUAAGGGAAGCCAAUGCAGUUUGUAUUUUGAUUUUCCAAAUGAUCUUGUCCUUCUUGUCUGUGCCACUUUUGAAGCCAAAGCAGCCAAAAUGGUCAUUGGUGUCAAAAUUGAUAAAAAACGGAAGAACAGAACGUGAAGGCCUAGGAAACAGCGCGAUCUUAGAGACAAAAUUGAAAACUGUUGAAGUUCAACUUGACAGCAUUGAAAUGGAAUUGGAAGGAACUUUUAGGAGCCUUAUUAGAUCAAGAAGCUUGCUCCUGAAUGUUCUCUCCUGCUAAUCUUUGUUCCUACUCUAUUAACUGUAUAGUUCACCAUUUUCUGUACGUGGACAAUUUUGUACUUAUACUUGGAAGUAUAUAAUACACAAAUUGAAAGAUUAUACUUAAAA